CCUGGGUCAAACCUGGGUACUAGCGGUACAUGCACGAAAAGGUCAAUGUGCGAGUGGGAGCAAACUGUCAGUAUUCUCUUCGGAUGAUAUAAAUCUGGAAAUGGACCUAUCAGCGCAUCUAUCAAAUCGUAAUUAA